CCGUGUCCGAGGGUGAUUGUAUUAUGGUUACAUAGGUGAUACAGAAAACUUCUUUUUUUUGUAAACGUACCGUGCCCAAUUUCUUGAACGAGAAGUUGUGUAAAAGACUACCUACGUGCAUUCGCUGAAAUUCAUUCAGUAGUGAAAAAUUAUUGUUCGGAUGACGUUAAUUUGAAACGAAAUAGAAUCGUUGUGUAAUUUUAUCAAAGUUUUCAUGUUUUAUCAGUACUAGUUAUGAGUUCAUUAAAUAAUUUUUCGAAAGAGGAAACCGCGAGACGAACGCGUAACAUCGGCUAUCGUCAUUCUGCCCCACAUCAGUUUAAAAACCAUAACUUGAGGCACUUCCGAGAUGAUGCUUGUCGAUCUGGAAUUGGAAGUAAAUGUUGUGGAACUGAAAGCGAAACUGAAGAACGUUCCAAGAAACAUAAAGACCUAUCCGAAUCUGCAAAAUGUGAAGCUAAAACAAUUGAGCUUGUAGAAUCUAUCGAAAAGGUUGCCAAAGGUGGUUGCUCUAUAGGUUUGAGUAUGCCUUCCCUAGAAAUAUCGAGCCAUGACCUUCAUCGGUCGGAGGAACCACUUGAACAAUUUUCUGACGAUGGCUGUAUUGGACACAUAACACAAGCUUCGCUCGUUGAACUUAUUGAAAAGGUUACUGAAGAUUAUCGCUCUGCGAAGUCAUUCAGGCCUCCCCUAGAAAUAUCGAGCGACGAUCAUCAUAAUUCGGAGCAACAACUUGAACAAUUUCCUGACGAAGUUGCGCUCGUAGAAACAGCUCAAAGUAUUGUCGAAGAUGUUGGUGUCACAAAUGUUGCACCGAUUGAAAUUUCCACAAAUACCCAUAUUACUGAAAAUACUUCCAACACAAGUUUCAUCAUAGUUGUACCACCUUGCGUCGAAAACCCGAACAACAUUUUUCAUAAUGCGGAUGCACGACCUGCACAAUAUUUCGAAGUUGCACGUUCAGAAACUUCCAGAAAUGUUAUUGAAGAUAUUCGCAACUAUUUGACUGUCCCAUUCCCAGAAUAUUCGACUAGCAGUCUAUUUAAUACACCGACACGUCCUCAUAACGAAGAUAAUCAAUUUUUAAAUUUGACCACCCUCUCCACAGAAAUAUUGAAUGAUGAAGAUCGUGUAACCAACAUGACGAUAAAAAAGUAAAAAUCGUCAUUAGAUAAAUUCAUUUAAAAAGAAAAUAUGAAAAAUACAUGAAAAAAUAGACAUUUAUAAAUUUCGCGAAUUUGCGUACAUAAAAAAUUAUAAGAAAAAAUUAAAGAACAUUGAGGUACAAUGAAUUGAAAAGGAAUGAGAAAAAAAGACAAAAUUUUAGCGAGUACAUAAACAAAAAUCAAAAAACCAAGCGCGGCCAAAUAUUAUUGAGAAAAUUCGCGAAUGCCUCGAAAAAUUGGAAAAUUUAUCGGAUAAGUUUGGAAUCACAAUUUUGGCCGUUGCAAUCGUUGUAACGUAGAAGAGCAAUCUCAACAACCAUCUGAAGAGAAUCCCUCCUCAAAAAAUCUACAGAUCUGUUUCUCUGACUCGACGAAAGCGACCAAUGAUGUGUUCUUGCUCGUACUCAACGAACAAUUUGUUAAAGCACACUCUGGGCAAACACUCCGGAUAGAACAAGUACAAGUGGCAACCCAACGCCCAAACUGUAACGAUGAGCUAAAUGUGUGCCAGCGCGAUGGGCAGACCUCUUCUUCAGCUGGGUGCUCAAAAAGCCGAGAAAAUGGAGGCGAUGGCAGGAUUUCUCGCUCUGUGGAAACGAGAAAAGAACUUCCCGGCGAAGAUACCAUGAUACAAACCUCGAAUAGUAUUCCAAAAAACGUGCCAGCAGUAUUGAUACGAAAUCCACCUCCAUACAGUUGCAAUACUUGUGAUAUAACGUUUUCCGAUAAAUAUGAUUGGGGAACACAUAUGCGAAAACAUCCGGAACCAUUCGUGUGCCCAAAGUGUAACAAACCGUUUAGUAAAAAAGCUCACCUCAUAGAACAUCAAUCAACUCAUAGUGAUGAGCGACCCUACAAAUGCGGAAUUUGUGACGCACGAUUCAAGAACAGCAGAAGUAAAACAGUACAUGAACACACCGUGCAUGCGGAAGGCACUCCUUUUGAGUGUGCUAAUUGCGGGAAAAUGUUUUCCUAUAAACUGUUACUCAUUGCCCACCUUCGAGUUUAUCCUUCAGGAAUGUGCUCAAAACGCCGAGAAAAUGGUGGCAAGAAAAAAGAACUUCCUAGCAUAGCUACCAAGAUAGAAACAUCGGGCAGUGUUUCAAAAAAGGUACCCACAGCAUUGGCACGAGAUUCACCUCCAUAUUGUUGCAUUAUCUGUGAUAAAACGUUUUCCUACUUAUCUGUUUGGAAACGACACCAACAAGAGGGACAUUUGAAGCCGUUCCUGUGUCCAAAAUGUAACAAACCGUUCGCUGAAAAACAGUAUCUCAUUGAACAUCAAGCUACUCAUCGUGAAAAGAGACCCUACAAAUGUAGAUUUUGUGAUGCACGAUACAAGCGUAGCUGCAGUAAAUUAUUGCACGAACGUUGCAUGCAUACGAACGUCUCUCGUUUUGAGUGUACUGUUUGCGGGAAAAUUUUUGCCUUUAAAAGUUCUCUCACUACCCACCUGCGAAUUCAUUCUGGUCAAAAACUGUUUUGUUGCCAAACCUGUGGCAAAAGAUUUUCUGGCAAACGAAGUCUUGUUUCACAUCAAACAACCCAUAGUGAAGAAAGAAACUUCAAAUGCCGCAUAUGCAACAAGCUUUUCAAACAUGAAAGCAGUAAGGCACAGCACGAACGUUUACAUGUAGAGAGUCCUUGUUUUGAAUGCGCCAUAUGCGGCAAGAAAUAUCGACAGAAACCGGCUCUAUCCCGUCACAUAUCCAAACACCAUCAAGACAGUAAAGUAAUGCAUGAACAUCUACCAGUGGAGGGUCGUCGUUUCGAAUGCGCCUUAUGCGGCAAGAAAUAUCGCCACAAAAACGAUCUAGCCAAACACAUACUCAAACAAAAAGAUGGCAAAUGUGAUUGGGCGAGACAUCAGCGAAAACAUUUGAAGCGGUUUCACUGCCAAAAGUGUGGCAAACAUUAUGCUUUCAAAUCCCACUUCAUUGCACAUCAAGCGACUCAAUGUGAAAAGAGGCUCUACAAAUGCGACAUUUGUGGCACAAGAUUCAAGAACAAGUUCAAAAAAGUACAACACGAACAAUAUAUGCAUAUGGAAGUCGCUUGUUUUGAGUGUGCUGUUUGCAGGAAAAAGUUUAUCCAUAGAAGUUCCAUCAUUCACCACCUGCGAGUGCAUUCUGGUCAAAAACCAUUUCAUUGUCAAACCUGUGGUACAAGAUUUUUUCGCAAACAGCAUCUCAUUUCACAUCAAAAGACCCAUAGUGAAGAAAAAAACUACAAAUGCGGCAUAUGUAACCGGCCAUUCAAACACCAAGGGCAUAAGACAACGCACGAACGUUUACAUGUGGAGGGUCCUCGUUUUGAAUGCGCCCUAUGCGGCAAGAAAUAUCGCUCGAAACCGAAUCUUACCUAUCACAUAUCCAAACAGGUUUGCAGUAAGUCAGCGCAGGAACGUUUACAUGUGAAGGGUCCUCGUUUUGAAUGCGCCCUAUGCGGCAAGAAAUAUCCCUCGAAACGGAAUCUAACCUAUCACAUAUCCAAACAGGUUUGCAGCAAGUCGGUAGAGGGCCUUUAUUUUGAAUGCGCCCUAUGCGGCAAGAAAUAUCGCUCGAAACGGAAUCUAACCUAUCACAUAUCCAAACAGGUUUGCAGCAAGUCGGUAGAGGGCAUUUAUUUUGAAUGCACCCUAUGCGGCAAGAAAUAUCGCUCGAAACGGAAUCUAACCUAUCACAUAUCCAAACAGGUUUGCAGCAAGUCGGUAGAGGGCAUUUAUUUUGAAUGCACCCUAUGCGGCAAGAAAUAUCGCUCGAAACGGAAUCUAACCUAUCACAUAUCCAAACAGGUUUGCAGCAAGUCGGUAGAGGGCCUUUAUUUUGAAUGCGCCCUAUGCGGCAAGAAAUAUCGCUCGAAACGGAAUCUAACCUAUCACAUAUCCAAACAGGUUUGCAGCAAGUCGGUAGAGGGCAUUUAUUUUGAAUGCACCCUAUGCGGCAAGAAAUAUAGCCAGAAAGUUGGUCUUGCCUGCCAUAUAUCCAAACAGGUUUGCAGUAAGUCAGCAAAGGAACGUUCAAAUGUGGAGCGCCCUCAUUUUGAAUGCGCCCUAUGCGGCAAGAAAUAUCGCACGAAAUAUGGUCUUGCCUAUCAUAUAUCACAUAAUUGUAGUUAGAUUUCAAUAAUUAGUGUCAACAUGACUGUGCACAGAUUCAAAUUAGGAAUUUUAUUUGUGUUUUGUGUUUUUCAGUUCUUGCUUAACAUUUGCAAAAGAAUUGAAAAAUUGUUUCCAAUUGUUUGUAUUUAUUGCAGUGUUAGACAUACCAGCCCGGUAAACACAUAGUACGCGAUACGCCAGCGAAUAGAAGGCGAUCAUCGUAUUGGCAGCCGGCGUAUCGCCGGCGGGAAUCGCGUUCGAAUCGCCGGCGAAAAUGUCCGCUUUUUCCGCAGCGAAAUCCGAAGGCGAUACGCCGGCGGGAAUCGCAGCGAUAUCGCUGUUGAAAUAGAACGCGAUUCGAAAGCGGUUCGUCGGCGGAAAUCGCAGCGAUAUCAGAACGCGAUUCGAAGGCGAUUCGAAGGCGAUAAUCGCAAUGAUGUUUUGCUUUGGUUUUUUCCUAGUUUUUUCUCCCACAAUAGAAUCAGAACGUAUUCUUCAAUUAAUUUUACGAGUAAUUUACUAGUUUACAUAAUUAAAAAUCAAGAAAACAAAAUAAAUAACGAGUAAAUUAAAUGAAGAAUGCUUUCUGAUUCCGAUGUAGGAAGACAAACUAGGAAAUAACAAAAGAAAAAACGAUGAAGUACCUAUGCUUGGGUAAAUCACUUCACACAAGAAUGCAACAACAUCAAUUGUAAUUUAUUAAAAUAACCAAAAACACAAAAAUUGAAUUAUGGAGAUUUAGAAUAAUUAUUCUAAGUCACCAUACAAAAUCCAUUUGAAAUCAUCAAAAAUUUAUCAGAAUUCAUCACUAAAAAACAGUUCAAAAUCACCAUGAAAAAUUCCAAGCUGAAUAAAAAAAUUAAAUUUGAAUCGAUACAGUGAAAAAUUUAUUUUAAAAAUCACAAAAAAGUGUCAAAAAUUGCUAAAAAAAAAUUCAUUAGAAAUAAUCACAAAAAAAUUCCAAUCUGACUCAUCGCCGAAAAAUUUAUUCUAUGUACACACCACGAAAAAAAAUUGUUCGUUAUCACUCCAAAAAAAUUAAUCAAAAUUCAACACCAGAAAACCAAUUUGAAAUAAACACGAACGAAAAGAUAAAAAAAAACACAACAUUCUGCUCGUUAUUGCAUGCUUGCGUAAGAACAUCUGAAUGCUCACUCGAUUGAACGCGAAACAAAUGCGAAAAUCGCAUGAAAAAUA